AAUGUACAGCGCAAAUUCGGUAAAUUGAUGAAGCGGUCUGCCGACAGCUCAGACGUCGGAAACAUCAUUAGUGAAUUCAACACUGCGGACUUAGCCCUUGGCAGUGUACUGACCGGGAUUUCUAGUNUCAUCGAUGCAACAAGAUCAUGGCGCGAUGCUUGGGACGAAACACUGAAAACACAACUCUUCGUCGCGGAAACAUUGCACUUGCUGUACAAGCCCAUCGAAGUCGAGGAUGAUCCGGACAAUCCUACACAGCACAAGCCGGCUCCAACCCCCCGAAGAUAUCUGGAGAAGGCCAGCGAUUUGCAAAACAUCUACUCAACCCUUGGAAAGGACCUGAGCACCGAAAUCAAUUCCAUUGAACCCAGACUCUUGAGACCGGCAAUGGAUGCCAAAGACUCUUUCAAGAUGCUCAAANAAUCAAUCAAACGAAGAGAAGAUCUGAAGGCUANNCUUGACUAUGAACGUUACAACUCGCGUGUGGACAGCGCUCGACGCAAAGACACAAGAUCUGCCAGAGAGGAGAAUGCUUUGAUGAAACACGAGACCGAUCUCGCCCGUUCUAAUGCUGUAAGUAAUGAUACGACAACGUAUAUUCAGAUCAUGGCUCAUGAGGUUUCUAGGNACUAUCAAGCUGCUGAUGAGCAGCUCAGAAGAGUCUUGCCCNCUUUGUUGGACGCUCUAGCAAACCUUUUCCCACACCUGCUCGCCAUCCAAAUUAUGAUUCAAUACCAGCUUGUGGGUCAAAUGUACACUCAACUACACGAGUAUUGUCAAACACAUGGACUGCCCUCGCCCUCUCCAGCUCUAGAGCAGGUUGUUUCGACGUUCGAAAACGAAUUCACACCAUUCCGUGAAGACCUUGAGCGUAACAUCAAGACUCUCUCGACGGGCAAAGCUGUGCAUCAACCCAUGAGUCUCCCGGACAGACAGCAAGGCACUGUCACUGGGCUUGGUCUGCGCAAUAGGGUUACUAGAAGAACAAGCAGCCAAGGAUCACUGCCAAAACCUAGUAUGCCAGGACAAUUGCGUAUUGGAUCAGGCGACGUCGAUGACGAACCAGCACCUGUAAAGCCUCCUAGACCUGGUCGCAUAUCUUCUAGUAACAGACUGCACUCGCACUAUGAGGAUACGGCUACGCUCAACUCUCACUACGAGGACGAAGAGGCGCCCCCGGUAAAGCCACCUCGACCUGGAGCAGCUUCUAGUAUCGACUUGGGAAGCAAACCACGAAUCCCUUCCAGUUCCAAGCCUUCUCCAAUGGCUACGCCGGAUGGUUACGCCAAUGGCGGAGCAGCCCGACCAAUGUAUUCGGCUUCAAGUACACCUAGUUCAUCGUCAACACCAUUCUUGACGCCUUCUUCGUCGCAUCAGAAUCAGGGGUCAGACUACUUUGGGCGAGAGCGCAAGCCUUCUACUUCGUCUGGAACAUUCAGUGUCNACGGGCAAAAGAAGCCUCCGCCGCCUCCACCCAAGAAGAGACUUCCAUCAUUCCAGAGUGAAUUUGUCACGGCUCUGUAUGAAUUUGCUGGUCAAGGGUCGGGAGAUCUCGCGUUCCGUGAAGGUGACAGGAUCAAGGUGGUGAAGAAGACGGCGUCGACAGAUGAUUGGUGGGAGGGAGAACUGAAUGGAGUGGUGGGCAGCUUUCCUGCAAACUAUGUCAAGGUUGGAUAA